AUAAAGAACAAGAAGCAUCGGCGGUGAGGUGGUGAUCAGUAUCAACGUCAAAGGGUGAAGAAACCAGUCCUCCUCCGUCUUCUCCUUGCAGUUACACACACAGAAAAAUGGGGGAAAUCAGCGAAGAAACUCAGAGGCUUAAGCGAAUUGCGGCGGCGACUUACGACUACGACAACGACCCCCGAUGGGCCGAUUACUGGUCCAACAUUCUCAUUCCUCCCAACUUGGUUUCUCGCUCCGACGUCACCGAUCACUUCAAACGAAAAUUCUACCAGCGCUACAUCGAUCCUGAUCUUGUAGUUGAGACAAUGUCUUCCGGCAGUUCAUCAUUUCAGCCAGGGAGGCAGUCAGCACCUUCACCUCCUACAAAUGAUCAAACUCAGUCACAGAGCUCCGGGUCAACUACAAGAAAUCCAGGAACAUCGGCAACUACAGGUUCAAAUUGGAUGUAUUUACGCUGGGAUCGACAUAGGGUUCUUUUUUUGGUCAAUGCUUGGGUGUUUCUCUUGUCAUCGUUGGCAGUGAUGCCAAUGGUUCCCAGAAACAUUUCACAUAGGGCGUAUCAGAUUUCUCUUAUGGGCACUGCAUGCUCCUCUCUAUUCACCUUGUUCAUUACUUGUGGGAUACCCAGGUCGUUCGAUAUGCAGGCUUUGGAAGUUUACUUCCGACCUGUCGUUGCAACAAAAGCUCUCGUCUACCUUAUUUACUCCAUUACCUUUGUAGCUUCAAAUCUUUUCCUUAAACUUGCUUUAAUUCCGAUUAUAUGCGUAGCUGUUGAGCAGAUUUCCAAGUACGUUCGGCAUAAUUUCCCCCGAUCUGCCUUCUACAGGAAAUGCUUGGAGCGGCCUUGUGCUUGGGUGGAAUCAAAUACAAUCACACUUUGUCUUCUGUCUUCAAAUGUUGAGAUUGCACUGGGUUUCCUUCUGAUCAUCUCCUUAUUCACAUGGCAGCGAAACUUCGUGCAAACAUUCAUGUACUGGCAGCUACUGAAGCUGAUGUACCACUUCCCCUUGACUGCUGGGUAUCAUCAGAGUGCGUGGGCUAAGAUUGGGAGAAAAGUUAAUCCAUUUGUGAGCAGAUUUCUCCCAUUUUUGAAGCCUUUACUCUCUGCAGCUCAAAGAUGGUGGCUCAGGUAGAGAAACCAAGAAUAAGAAAGUGGUUUCUGUUAGUUUGCAUUUAGUUUACUGAAUAUAUUCAUUGUUUCUUAGAAGAUAGUCACAUAUUCAUGACAGAAGCUGCCCUCAUGAACGAACCCUGUUGAUUUGGGGUUUUUGUAUGCAUAUUAUGAAGCAGGGCAGGACUACUUGUUAUGAAUUAUGAUAUUACUUUAGCAACUGAGAUUUGUGAUGAUAAUAUGAUAUAUAUAUACAACCUUUCAAGAAUUA